AUGGAAGCAUUGAAAACAAUCAAAGAGCCCAGUAGCAACCUGCUCAGCCCAUCUCAGGUGGUGGUGGAGGUGGUGCCCAGACUCCUCCUGGCCCUGUGGCUUCAACCAGAGGAAGGCCAUUCAGAGCACCCAAUCCUAAUAAGCGGGAUGGCCGUGGGCAUGGUGGCGGCCGUAGUGGAGAAGCUCUCCUGCAUGUUAAAGGACCCUUCCCCUCACAUCCCUUUCUCCCGGGCUGCUGCUUUUGACUCUGUGCGGUCGAUCCUCGGGAGAAUCAGUCAGUCCUUCUCCACAGAUGACCUGCAGAGCCCUUUUUAUAUGAGCUCUGUCUGUGGCUUUGUGGCUGACGAGGUGCAGAGCUGCUUCCAGCCCCCUGCAGCCACCCUACCAGUCCCCCCUGUGCUCACGGUGGCCGUUUCCACCACACUACCAGCUGGCAUCCAAGCAGACCCGGCUUCUUCCCACCUGGAGGUUGUGGACAUCACCACUAACACAGAGACAGAUCCGGCUUCUUCCCACCUGGAGGUUGAGGACAUCACCCCUAAGACAGAGGCAGAUCCGGCUUCUUCCCACCUGGAGGUUGUGGACAUCACCACUAACACAGAGACAGAUCCGGGUUCUUCCCACCUGGAGGUUGAGGACAUCACCCCUAAGACAGAGGCAGAUCCGGCUUCUUCCCACCUGGAGGUUGUGGACAUCACCACUAACACAGAGACAGAUCCGGGUUCUUCCCACCUGGAGGUUCAAGACAUCACCACUAACACAGAGGCAGAUCCUGCUUCUUCCAACCUGAAUGUGGUGGACAUCACCCCUAAUACAGAGGCAGAGCCCAUCUCUUCCCUCUUGGAGGUUGUGGACCUCACACCUGAAGAAAGGACUCUCACGAUGGCCGUCUCCGCCACUCUGCCAGCUGACAUCCAAGCAGAGGAUGAUGCUGUGGUCACCCCACACGUCACCAAGGACAUGACACUGGAUGUUCCAUGCAGAGCUAGGAAAGGGGCAGUCUGGCGAUUAUUUUGCAGGCUUUGGAGGGCAGUGUGCUGCUGCGCCUGCCACAAGGAAGAGGAGGAACAAUAUUAAUUAUUCAUCAGACCUUCAGAAAUGGGAUUGAACUAUAGACCAUUAAAUUAUUUGCAUUAUAAUUGGACUCAAUUCUGCCU